AUGGUUCUUGAUGUUUGGAGCAUCUUGACUCAGGAGGAUAGCAGCUACAACAAUAUUGAAAUAAAGAACAAGAGUGCCAUACUGGAGUUUAUCCUGGUUGGGCUAUCUACAACAACUGAAAUUCAGACUCCCCUCUUCUGGGUAUUCAUAUUCAUCUUUAUUACAGCCCUCACUGCCAACUUCAUUCUUAUCCUUACCAUAUGUAGUUUCAAAAAACUCCACACGCCAAUGUACUUCCUCAUUGUCAAUUUGUCCUUAGUGAAUGUAAUCUCUAUUUCAGUUACAACUCCUAAAUUGCUCUAUAGUCUUUGGACUGGAGGAAAGACCAUCUCAUUUUAUGGAUGCAUUGCACAGGGCUAUCUGUUUAUAUGGGCUUUAGGAACAGAACUUCUGCUUCUCUCCUUUAUGGCUUUUGAUCGCUAUGCAGCUAUCUGUCACCCUUUGCAGUACACUAUGAUCAUGAGGAAGCAGGUGUGUGCUUCCAUAGCUAUUGGAGUAUGGGUUGUAGGACUGGUCAAUUCCUCUACACAUUCUGGACUUAUAUUGCAGUUGUCUUUUUGUGACUCCAAUGUUAUCAAUCAUUUCUUCUGUGAUAUACCUCCAUUGCUGCACCUCUCAUGCUCAGAUAUAACUCUAAAUGAGAUUGUUUUAUCUUCCUCAGAUGUUAUAUUUGGGAUUGGUUGUUGUGGAUUGACUCUAACAUCAUAUUUGUUUAUAAUAAGAGCUAUCUUCAGAAUCCGUUCCACUGAAGGGAAGAAAAAAGCAUUUUCUACCUGCUCCUCACAUUUUAUUGUAGUCAGUAUUUUCUAUUCUUCUGUCAUCUAUACUUACAUCAGGCCCUCUUCAGCCUACUCUCUAGACCAAGACAAACAAAUUGCUCUUCUUUAUUCAGUGGUAACUCCUGUGGCUAAUCCAAUCAUAUAUACACUGAGAAACAAAGAUUUCAAGGAAGGAUUGAGAGUGCUCACAAAGACAAUUGGACUGCUCAAGAAUGACACUGAACUACCAGCACCACCUAAAGAGGAUGAACCAACAUACUCCAAACUACAGAUCAGCAAAGAUCCGGAUGGUGAUGAAUCCCUACCUGACUCUGACAAUUUGAACAAGCAAUUCCUGGGUGACUUCACACCUUCUGCCUCACCAAAACGUCCAUAUCUUUGCAGCGGCUGGGACAGAGGCCCGCCUCAUUUCAAUUGGAAAGAUGCAUCCGGCAGCUCCAAUUCUGACACCAAUGCUCUGGAUGACAGUGAUAAUGGUGAGUGGCAAUUCCCCAGAUGGUCAAAACACUCCAAUAAAGGGGUGCCACCCAAAAGGUUGGACAUUGGAUGUGUGGCCUCAGUCAACAGCAUUACCAUGGCCCCUAAAACAUACACAGAUGUCCUUCGGCUUCCCGAGGAAGAACAGCGCAGGUGGAGGGUGGCAAUGGAGCGAGAAAUGGACAGUCUCAAAAAAAUGAAACUCUUCAUCCCCAUGGAAGUCCCCAAACAGAGGAAGGCAAUUGGCACCCGUUGA